CUAAGUUGGAUCGUAUUGGAAAAGGGUCUUUUGGGGAGGUGUUCAAAGGCAUCGAUAACCGCUCUCAGAGCGUUGUGGCCAUAAAGACGAUCGACCUGGAGGAGGCGGAGGACGAGAUCGAGGACAUCCAGCAGGAGAUCACGGUGCUGAGUCAGUGCGACAGCCCCUACAUCACCAAGUACUUCGGCUCCUAUCUGAAGGGAAGCAAACUAUGGAUCAUUAUGGAAUAUCUGGGAGGAGGUUCAGCGCUCGACUUGCUCCGGGCGGGUCCGUUCGAUGAGUCGCAGAUCGCCACCAUGCUGAAGGAGAUCCUGAAGGGUCUGGACUACCUGCACUCUGAGAAGAAGAUCCACAGAGACAUCAAAGCGGCCAACGUGCUGCUGUCGGAGCACGGGCAGGUGAAGCUGGCCGACUUCGGGGUGGCGGGUCAGCUGACGGACACGCAGAUCAAGAGGGAGACCUUCGUGGGAACGCCGUUCUGGAUGGCGCCCGAGGUCAUCCAGCAGUCUGCCUACGACUCCAAGGCCGACAUCUGGUCGCUGGGCAUCACGGCCAUCGAGCUCGCCAAGGGCGAACCGCCCAACUCGGACAUGCACCCCAUGCGGGUGCUGUUCCACAUCCCCAAGUCUCCGCCGCCGACGCUGAGCGGCGAUUUCUCCAAGAGCUUCAAGGAGUUCACCGAGGCGUGCCUCAACAAGGACCCCACCUUCCGUCCAACAGCCAAAGAGCUCCUCAAGCACAAGUUCAUCGUCAAACACUGUAAGAAGACGUCCUACCUCAGCGAGUUGAUUGACAGGUACCGGCGGUGGAAGGAGGAGGGGCACAGCGGCAGCAGCUCGGACGACUCUGACGGUGAGUCAAGUAACAAGGAGAACAGCGACUCCCCCGAGUGGUCUUUCACCACCGUCCGUAAGAAGAAGCCGGCGGAGGGAAGGAAGGUCCUCAAUGGAACGAGUCAAGAUCAUCUGAGUAAAUCUGCCAGUCUGGCGACCGUCAUCUCUCCUGUCUUCACUGAGCUGAAGCAGCAGCACAAGGAGCACUCCGAGCAACGGCUGGCCAUCGAGGAGCUCGAACGCAACAUCCGAUUGGCUGAGGAGGUUUGCCCCGGCAUCACGGACAGGUGGUCACUCACAUCAUCGCCAGAUUCUCCACCAACUGAGGGAGGCCGGCGGGUUUCGGAGAUGCAGUGAGGUGACGGUUCAUCUGAUGAGUGCCUGGGUCUCCCUUCGGGGAUCUCUAUGGAAACGGCAGAGAUUUCUCUCGGAUCUCUCCUCGCUGUACACACAACAUACACACACACACACACACACACACACACACACACACACUACUAAUGUAAUAUAUACACUAGAUAUUAUACAUACAUAUAUAUUUACUGCUGCAGGUUUAAGACCGUUUUCUCCCCCAUGUUGAAUUCCAAAUUUGCUGUCUUCUUUUAAUCGGCUGCUCUAGUUUUGAAAAGACAAUCUUCAAGUUUUCAGUUGGAUUUGUGGUUUCGUUUCUUCUUUUUAGGUCCAUGAACUUCUCUUUUUUUAUUUUGGGUCUGACUCAAUGCAAAUUUCAGUCGCUCACUGGGAGUUUAAACCUCCUUCAGAUUACCAUCAUGUGCCUGGAUUAUUUAUGCAGACGGUCGUUUUAGUGCUUUUUGGAGAGAAGCCGUCCACUCGCAGUGGUUUAGUUUUCUUGUCGCAGCUCGUCUUGACUAGAAGUUUGUUUGUCCGAUAGCACUUGAGACACAUUAUAUGCCAAUAUUACAUAUUUUUUGUUGUCUUCAGUGAUUCUUUAAAUUACGGUUCCCUCAUCCCAGAACUCAGUUGAUGUCCAACGAAACUCUCCAGGGUUUAAUUUGGUGAUUAUUUUACAGCCCUGGAAAUCGUAGCUGCUUUUAGAGAUCUGAUCCACCAGUGGACCGAGUUUUAGCUCCAGUGAUCUGGUAAUUAUUUGAACAUCCGAGGUGAGUGUUUCCCUUGAAGUGACUGAAUCUUUCAUUUCAAGUUUCUAAACAAGUCAGUUUUAAGAACUCUGAUUCAUUAUUGGACGCUAGCUGCUGGCUAACGAGUAGCUGCUGGCUAACGAGUAGCUGCUGGCUAACGAGUAGCUGCUGGCUAACUGUUUUCAAACAAACUACUUGCAUUCAUCGAUAUAAACGUUUCAAUUGCGCAAGUUUCAAAUUGAUCGUUUUGGACACACUUUUUUGAAGCUACCUUACGAGCUAGUAGCUUUCCGAUAAGUAAGCUAGGUAGCCAGCUAUCUGUCGCUAAGCUGUUAGCAAAGUAAGUAGCUGAGUAAAAAUAUCAAUGGUUUUAUUCUUUGAGAAGUAAAUGUUGGUUAAAAUUAAAUUCUGGGAUGUUCAAAACGUGUCUUGUUGGGAAAUGAUUUCAUUGAAAAUAAAAGGAAAAAGGAAUAUUUUCAAUCUGAAAGUAACAAACGGAAACAAAGGUCUUUCUUUUUUGAUGCAUCGAGUUUGGGCUGAAAGUCGAUUCUUAACAAAACGCUUGAUGUGUAACGUUGUUUUUGAUACCUUGGAAAGCAGCACGAAGGGAACUGCAAUCAAAGAUAUUACUGAUAGUUUGUACCAAAGACACUAUAAGACUUGGUCAUUGUAUAUUUUUGUCUUUUUAUAUAUCAUAAGGGAUGUGAAAAUGCUUGUUGAGGGGGAAAUGUAAAUUCAAAAUUUUCUUUUUUUUUUUGUAGAGGGUCUUUAGAGUUUUAUGAAUAAAUAUUUAAGUUUGAUUGAGAAACAAGUUGUUUUUUUUGUAUUUAUCUCAAUGAAAGUUUUCAUGUCAAUUUUAGAAAUGUUGUGUAUAAUAGUCGAUUGACCUUUUUUGCUUGUGUGAUUCUAAACAAAAGGAUAAAACCUUAUUGCUUUGUGGGGAGAUACUCAACAAAUAAAUGAUCAUAUGAUAAAUUGUAUAUCAAUAUAAACAUGA